AUGGCACACUUAUCACCUCCACCGUCUCCACCGGUAGGACAAACACCUCUGGCUGUAAGCGCGUUGAACGCGCUGAACGCAUCCUCAGCGAACCUCAUCCAACGUGCCUCCGCAUUUAGUUCUGUGCUUGGUCAGAAAUGGAAUCCGCGUGACCUACUACUGCUGUACAAUCCCUUGUUCUACUCUGGUGCUGCCUUCCCGUGGCCACAGUUCCUUCUACCUCAGCAACCAAUCACACCGGUUUCACCUCAUCUAAAUACUAGUCGCGACUACACGCUUACACCGGAGAAGGAAGAGAUCGUCGAUGAAGAUAUGCCACUAAACCUCUCGAUGAAGCCUUCUACCUCCACACCGAACGCUCGCCAUACGGCCCUGACCCAUUCGAUCAACAUCUGGUCGCCGGCGAGCAUGUGCGAGAAGGAAACGAUAGAUGGCGACAACCAAAGCAACAUCGACAUCGAGAAUGAUGAUGACUCCAGCGGUGAUCUCCAAAUCGAUGAGUCUUUUGACUCACACACGAACCAUCAUCAUCACCCUCAUCACCAUCAUCAGCAACAUCACAACCAUCAGCUUCACCAGCAGCAGGAACAUCGCGAUCGGCAACGAGAAACGGCACGCAUCCUGACGGAGUACAACAGCUUGCUGCUGAACGGUGCCAACCGGCAGUCCAGCGUUGGAUCACGCACCACCCAGGACUACUUCAACUACAGCAAGAUCAGCAAAGGUUACUUCACGCACCUCCAGCAGCAGCAGAAGAAUCUCGAGAUACUGCGACAAAACCGGACCGAUCUGUUCGUGAUCAAUGGCGGCAAUGCGUCAGGCAACGAUAACAACAACAAGGAGGGCGUCAAGAACCAAAACACUCAGGGCAGUGCGAGUGGGCGAAUGUGUGGUGUUGGUGGCAGUGGUGGGAUGGGAACUAGUGACAGUAGUGAUACGAUAACCGGUGGUGAAAAGUUCGGAUAUAUAAAGUCGGAAACGAUGAUGGCCACGGCAUCCGCGACCCGGCCCGAUUCUACGCAACCACAUUCGAACAGUCCUUACGGCAGCUCGAACGAUUCUUCCUCCCAUGGCCAUUCGCACUCGAUCGUGAGCACACCGACCGGCGAGGGCAAGAAAAGCGUCAAACUGUAUCAGUGCAAACAGUGUGGCAAAACGUUCAAGCGUUCUAGCACACUCUCGACUCAUCUGCUGAUCCACAGUGACACUCGGCCUUAUCCCUGCCAGUACUGUGGCAAGCGUUUCCACCAGAAGUCCGACAUGAAGAAGCACACGUACAUCCACACCGGUGAAAAGCCUCACAAAUGUGUCGUCUGUCUGAAGGCGUUCAGUCAAAGCUCUAAUCUCAUCACACACAUGCGCAAACACUCCGGCUAUAAGCCUUUUUCCUGUGGCCUGUGUGAUAAGGCGUUCCAGCGCAAGGUGGACCUGCGGAGGCAUCGUGAAGGUCAGCAUAACGAGCCCGCCACAGUAACGAGCCCGAUCGAUAUGGUCAAGUACGAAAUGCCGGAGCUAAAGCACAGCCACACGGGCAGCGAACCGGGCGAUAUGAUGGACGACUCAACCACGCUACCAGCCGACUAUCACCAGGCGGACAUCAAGAUGGAGCAGGUUAGCAGCAGUUGCUCCUGA